AUGGCCACAAUCGAUUCUAGCUUUCGCUGGCCUUUAAAAGCGCCAACUGCUCUCGCCCUGGUCGCUGUCCUCGCUAUCUUCCUUUGCUACACAGGUGACCACGCCAUCCCUCACCCUCCCUAUCGACUCACAGAACCGAGCCUGUCUUCGACGGGGUCUGGCUUAGAAAUAUCUGACAAGUCGAUAGACAAUGAAAGCAACACCUCCAGGACGUCUUUCCGGCCAGACUACGACAGCGAAGAAUCAGAUAACGGCCAAUUCCGCGGCUCGACAGCUCACAUAUCACCAGAACCCCCUCUGCUUCCUAAUCGCCCUGAGGAGUCUUCAUAUGGCCCUAGACCCUCGGUACGGGUACGUAUCGGCCCCGAUAUGUUACCUGACUUCAGCGACGACCCCAACGAUAAUACGGAUGAGGAUAUCGUAAAUAUUCCUCUGGAUUACGGACGUUCUGACCGAACCGUAGUCCGUCGAGUUCGGAUCGAGCAACGCUAG